CUGUUAUCGAGUUGACACCCUCCCCAAACCUCGGCAGCAGCUAAGCUGCACAGUCGACAUGGCAAGAAAAUAUCGCAACAAUUUCCUUAAGAAAGAUGAAAAUCUUCCAAGUCUUUUGGAAUGAUAUUCAUCACGCGAUGUGAUCCAAAAUCCACAAUGUGUGAGAACAUUUAAGAACGAUUGAGUUCGGAAGAAAAUUUCUUGAUUCCAGUGGAAUCUUCCAUAUAUUAUAUAUAUAUUUUAUUUGACUUUUUUUCUCUGUUAAAGCUUACAUACAUUUACACACACUCGUUCCAUCAACAUAUAAUCAUGCCCGUGCAAGCACCACAAUGGACAGAGUUCCUGCUGUGCCCAAUCUGCACACAAACAUUUGAGGAGACUGUUCGACGGCCCAUCAGCUUGGGCUGUGGACAUACUGUCUGCAAGAUGUGCCUGAACAAGUUGCACCGUAAGGCCUGUCCCUUUGACCAGACAGCCAUCAGCACAGACAUCGAGCAGCUACCUGUCAACACAGCCCUGUUACAGCUGGUGGGAGGCCAGGUUCCUAAGGCUCAGCCUGUUGCCUUGAUUACCAGUCCAGAGGACUCGCAGCAUUAUGAGGAGGCCAGGCAGUGUGUGGAGGAGCUGGCCCUCUACCUCAAACCUCUCAGCAACACCAGAGGUGUGGGUCUGAGCAGCACGGCCCAAAGCAUGCUGAGUCGACCCAUGCAGAGGAAACUGGUAACUCUGGUCCACUGCCAGCUAGUGGAGGAGGAGGGCCGUGUUAGAGCCAUGAGAGCUGCCCGCUCUCUGGGUGAGCGAACCGUCACUGAACUCAUCUUGCAGCACCAGAAUCCGCAGCAGCUCUCCUCCAAUCUGUGGGCCGCUGUCCGUGCACGAGGAUGUCAGUUUCUCGGCCCGGCCAUGCAGGAGGAAGCUCUAAAGUUGGUCCUGCUUGCCCUAGAGGAUGGCUCUGCUCUGUCCAGGAAGGUGUUGGUUCUUUUUGUAGUCCAGAGGCUUGAGCCACGCUUCCCACAGGCCUCUAAGACUAGCAUAGGCCAUGUGGUGCAGCUCCUCUACAGGGCCUCCUGCUUCAAGGUGACCAAACGUGAUGAAGAUUCCUCCCUGAUGCAACUGAAGGAGGAGUUCCGUACUUAUGAGGCUCUGCGGCGCGAGCAUGACUCUCAGAUAGUUCAGAUUGCCAUGGAGGGUGGGCUGCGCAUUGCACCUGACCAGUGGUCUUCUCUGUUAUAUGGAGAUCAAUCUCACAAGUCACACAUGCAGUCUAUCAUAGACAAGCUGCAGACCCCAGCGUCUUUUGCUCAGAGUGUUCAAGAGCUGACAAUUGCGCUGCAGAGGACCGGAGAUCCGGCCAACCUCAACCGGUUGCGGCCCCACCUCGAACUACUGGCCAACAUUGAUCCCAGUCCUGAUGCUCCCCCUCCCACAUGGGAGCAGCUUGAGAAAGGGUUGGUAGCAGUGAAAACAGUUGUGCAUGGCCUGGUGGACUUCAUCCAGAACCACAGCAAGAAAGGAGCUGACCCUCAACAGCCUCCCCAGCACAGCAAGUACAAGACAUACAUGUGUCGUGACAUGAAGCAGAAGGGAGGCUGUCCUCGCGGAGCCAGCUGUACCUUUGCUCACUCUCAGGAAGAACUGGAGAAGUAUCGUAAGAUGAAUAAACGUCUUGCAGCUCGCCUCCCAGGCUCAGGAGGGCUCAUGACAGAUGACGGCCUUCCUCUUGAUGUAGCAGUGACCCGGAAGCCUUCACCCCUCACCAAUGGCAGUGGUGCACCCUCUUUGCCCCAGCUUAUUGCCCGUGGCACAGACACAGUCCCGUAUGAACUGUUGCGUAAACCCAUCAAGAUGGAUGGAGGGAGUCCCAGUGCCCCAGGAUCACCACCUGAUGCCCUGGACCCUGUGCCCAAACCUGGAAUGCCUCUGCCACCUCAUGCCAUGGCCCAUCCAAGGAUGCCAGCGGACCACCUCUCUGGGGUGAAGCACAUGCCUGUGGUAGCCAGAGGUUCGCCAGUCUACCCCCAGCCACAGCUCCCUGAGAUGUGUUAUGACACUCGCCCACCACCUUCUGCUUCUCAAUAUGAGCCCCAACAAUACUCCACAGGGUACCCCUACCAACAGCCACCACAGUAUGUUCCUCGGGAUUAUAUGCGUAACCCUCCGCCACCCAGUGAGUCAGGACCCCCUUACCAGGACGCCUACCCUGGCUACGGCCAUCCAGAGCGCCCCUACCAGGCCCCUCACUCUGGUCCACCUUUCUCUUACCCUCACCCUCCACACCACGACCGAGGUCGUCACGGGACCUACACUGGCCCACCACCUCCUCCACAGCCUUACCCAUCUCAGAGGGAUGGCCUGGUCAGGAUGAGUCCUGCACCUCUCGAUGUUCCCCCGCCAUCAGCAGGCCAGGCUAACUCACUUUACCACCAGGAGCCCGGUGCCCGGGAUAGAUACCCUCCAGAUGGCUACUAUCCAUCAGGUGCCCAGCCACCACCCAUGAGGGCUUAUGUCAGGGGACCAUCAUAUAGUGGUUCGCAGCCCAGCCUGGACUACCUGCACCGACGUCGACAGGAGCUGUUAUCCCAGCUGGAGGAAAGGAAGGUCAUCUCCCCGCCACCAUUCGCUGCCUCCCCCACUCUUUCUCACCCCUUCCCCAGCGACUACCCUCCAGAGUAUGGUGAGGAGAGCUCCAAAACCAUUAUGAAAUGCAGAGAGCCUGACUAUGCAGGGCAAUACUCUCCCUGGUCUUGUGAAACCAUUGGCUCCUACAUUGGCACAAAGGAUGCCAAACCCAAAGACGUUAUGGUCCCUGGUGCCAUGGAGAUGAUGAAUGUGGAGGCGAAGGAUCUGAGGGAACCAUCGCUGGAGGCUCCUCGGAGGGGUGCAGAAGUCAAGGACGAUGACCCUAUUAUCCCGUUUGGCCCCCAGCCCACUGUAUCGCGCUUCGGUGCCAUCUCCCGCACCUCAAAGACAGGCUACCAGACCACCGGCCCUGUGCAGGCCAUAGCCUCCACUCCUCAGAACCCAAACUCUAAGCAUAUGGCCAUGCCCGCAGAAUACACAUAUGGAAGCCAUGGAGGAUGGGGUGGAGCUUCAUAUCCCUCCCACCAGGCUGCCUCCUCCUCUCAGGGACACUUCAGUGAGCGCCUGCCUAUGGCAGCCCCAGACAGAGAGCAGUUAAAGAUUGAGCUGCAGCAGGUCAACCAGCAGAUCAACCAGCAGACCCAGAUGCGAAGCAUGGAGGCUGCCAGUAACUCUUUGCUGCUGCAGAGGGAGGCCAGCGCGUUGGCUGGACAGCCUGUGCAGCCGGGCCAGGCAGCAGCAGCCCAGCAGCAGCAGCAGGCCAAGUGGCCAGCAGGGGGAGCAAGUACAGCAGCUGUCUCCAGUGAGCAGCUCAGCCUGGAGCUCCACCAGGUGGAGAGAGAGAUUGGAAAGAGGACCCGAGAGAUGGCUUUGGAAAACCAAGUAGCCCAUGAUGUUCAGCAGUACAAGAUGAAACCUGUAGAGAAUGGACAACCAGAGCACAAGACUCAGCUGGAAGAAAUCUCCCUGGCUCUUGGCGAGGUGUCAAACGGCUCCAGCAGUCUGCAAGAAAGUGCAGUGGGCGGGUCCAUGCUGUCACUGACCAAUAAGACAUCUGCGUUGAGCCUGUGCUCUGAUCCAGGUGCCAGUGGUUCAGAGAUGCAGAAGAAUGGCGUCGUCCAUUCCUGCUCUUAGGCAGUACACACGCACACACACAUACACACAUGCACACACUCAAGAUGCUCAAUUGAAAAGCAUGCACAGGCACACAUACACCCAUUCUAUUUAGAAGAUGAGCAGUAUCUGCCGUGAUAUGAAUUUUCUUUCUUUUUGUUCUGUGAAUGAGCUUUUUUUAAUGACUUUCCUUGCCUGGAAACCAGGGCAUAUGAUAACAUUUCUCGUGUGUGUUAAUUUUUUCCUUUUUUUUUUCUCCUUUCCUUCUUUUUUCUUUUUCUUUCUUGUACUGGGAUUACAGAUUAACAAGGCUCACAAUAGAGAUAUCAGGAAGAGAAAAUGGUGGUGAUGUUGACAGUGGUAUGAUUUCAUUCAAAAAGGAUAGGCGUACUCCAUCCUUAAUAAACACAAAGACGUAAUCAAGUAUUUGAUCGAUUCUCCCCACAUAAGAUUUGUUGGCAUACAUGCAGAUGAACGGUUAGAAGCAAAGGAGCAGAAUAAGAAGCACUAUCACGUCACAUGCACUCUGAGGAACCUCUCUUGUUGCAAUCUGACUGAAACAGCACAAGUGUGCCGCGUGGUUUUCACCCCCAGAAUCGUAAAAAAGUGGUUGCCCAGAUCUGGUUGGUCUGAGGAGGGAAAAGCAUUACAGUAUUCCACCAGUAUUCACCCGAAAUGGAGAUGCAAGGUGUUUCAGAAAUCACUUUUGCACCACAUGCAUGUCCUUACCUGCCACGAGAAGUAUGAUUUUAUUAGUGCAUUUUAUGAACACAUCAUGUGUCUUGUUUCAUACUUGAAAGCAGUAUAUUAUAUAUUUAAUUGAAGCAUUCUGUUUUAAAGAUUGCAACAAGUCUUUUUGAUAAGGAGCUUUCCACAUGUUUUCUAUAAGGGAAUCUACUAUGUGCUUCUGUCGGUUGUGGCGUGACCUGAUGUGGUUUGGUCGCAAUGCCUUUCUCCCGUGCUCUGUAGGGCUGCAUUCAGUGCUAGCCGAUUAUGUUGUGAAAGUUUUCUCAGCACGCUCAAAAAAAGUUGGGGUUUUUUUGGGGUUGGGGGUAAAUGCACAUGAUCGGGCUGAUGAGCGUCUUUCUGCCUCAGGAGUCAAGUGAAAGAGUGUAAGCUUGACUGUGUAACGUCAGGGUAAAUAAAGAUUUCCCUCCUCAGAGCUGCUCAUCUGGCCACACAAAAGGCCUCCCCAUUGGGAUUAUCUUGUCAUUUGUUCUCCUAACUUCUAUGAAGUUGCCUUCCCUUGUAUGUGUGUGUGUGCGCGUGUGUGUGUGUUUUGUUUGUUUGUUUUUUUUUUAUUUUGUUUUAUUUUUCAUGCUUUACAUUGUUACGAUUUGGGGGGUGCGGCUCACCUGGUGAAGGCGUCUUAGUGCUCAGUUGAACGUGUGUCCUCCUUUGUCAGAAAUGGUUGAAAUCCAAGCAAAACCUGGACUUGACACAGAAGUCAUAUUUACAGCUGAGGAUGUUCGUGUUGGUUACUGAGGGGUAAACACAACAAACUUUCAAACAUGGCUGUCCACAAAUAGCAGAUUUGAGUGUAUUUACGUACCUUCGUUGGUGAGUAGUACAAUAUUCUAUUCACUCCGUCAUGUCUCUUUUCACACCUUGAUGUCAACAUCACCACCAUUACCACUAUUACUGCUCUUUCUGCAUCAUGUGAAUUGUUUACUGCUGAUGCUCAACAUGGAGUGCGUUGCCUUCUGUAAACAAUUAGCAUGAUGGGCUCCAGUUUUACAGCUCUGCUGAGAGCGAGUGAGUCCUUGUGUUUGAACGGUUGAAGGACUGAGGAGACGCUCUGGGUCACGUCGUUUCUUGUUAAACGCAGAGCCUUCGUUGGGACCGGACGAGGGCUCCUGAGAAACAGAGUUUGACAAAUUCCUGAUAACGGAUGAGUAAGAUAAAUAAAGACACAUGUUUUUGUGUCCUACGUACUCAUCUGGGUUGUUUGAUGCGCAUCUCUUCCAACUUGUCAGCGCCAUAAUAGUGGAUGUUUGGGUUUUUCCUUUUUUAUUCAGAUUUUCCUACCACACUUCAAGCCUCUGGCUGCUCCUCGCUACAUUUAUUGUUUAGGUACACAGCUCACUUAUACAUAUGAGUAUGUAUACAUACAUUAAUAUACUAAAGCACUAUUAAUGUGCCACCUCUUAUUUUACUUGCUCAGCAUUUAUAUUAAAUGAUCUCUACUUAGAAUCAGCAAAUUUGUUUCUUUUCUUUUUUUUUUUGUUUGUUUGAUUUGUUCUCUGUCCACUGGUUGCCAACACAGACUUUAUCCUUUCCCAGACGAAGGACCUCUGUGCGCAUUGAUGUGUGUUCACUUAAUCUUUUGUGUUCAAACAAAGAUGUUCUUUAUAGACUAUGCUUCCGAAGAAGACAAAAAUUCUGUAACUUUGGAAAAUUUAUGGAGACGUUUUGUGUGUGCUAGACUGUAUUGUAGAAAAUGUACCCUAAGUUUUUCUUUUUUCUUUUUUUUUUCUCCCUCAAAGUGUGCUGUACUGGGUGAUAGUGUUGAGGUAUUAGAAAAGUUUUGGGUUUUUUUUUUCCCACCCCUGCCCCUAAGAGGAUAUUCAGGAAGUCUCUGAUAAAAGGUUGGCCUUAAGUCCUCUUGCGAUGCUCCUUUACGUUGCCUGCUCAUAGGAGCAUGAGCUGAUCUCAAAAGUAGUAAUUAACACUUAAUUGGCAUGACUUAGAGUUAUACAGAUGGGCUCUAAUAGACCCCCCCCCCCCUUUGAAACUGUCACACAAAUCUGCAAUAAUGCAAAUCUCUUAAGAUUUGAAGCAAAAUGUGUAUUAUUUUUAAGGAAAUGUUGUUGCCCUAGCUGUUUUUUCUUUCUCGUUUUUUGUUUCUGCAAUAGUUGAGUGAAUUUACUGACCUGAGAGUCUUACAGUCUUUAAUGUGUCAUCUGACCUGACCUGACCUGGCAGUUAACAGCUACAAGAGUAUCUGAAUAACAUUCACGCAGUAGUUUUGUUCUUCUUUGACAACUAUUUACCAGAAAUUGGUCUCCCAGCGUAAUUCUGCAGUUCUAAUUCCAUGAAUUGGCAACAUUUAAUUCAUUGUGAUGUUUCUCACUAUCACAGUGCUCAUUCUACCUGUUGGGUCCCUGCAGGUCUGAAUGAGCCUACAACGCCUUUAGCUUAGCAGAACUGACAUACAAUGACAUGAUGGGGUGGUUUACUAUAUAGUAAAUAGCAAAGAUGUUCAUUUCAAUCUCCUGUGUGUUUUUUGUUUCUGAGUGGAACUGCUGCCUCUACCCCUCACUUACAUAUCCAGUGAACCCCUCCACUCCCACCCUUGACCACUGAACUCUGUUACUGCUGUUUGAGGCUCACAUUUUAUUCCCUGACUUUCUGGGGAAAUUCGCAAAUGGCUAUUUUAUAUGAUUACUCCCUUGUAAAAUAUCUCUUAAAUUAAGGUACAGGUUUGAUUUCAGCAAGAAAAAAGAAGUUUUUAUAUGUAUAUUAUACUCCAUUAAGGAAUGUCUAGAAUUAUCUUCCUCCAAUGUGGAUGUAGCCAUUAUUACGCCAUUUUAUGACUUUGUAAGAGAAUUCACUGUGUGAAAAUUGGUUUGCAUUUUUGUAUAAUACAAUCUGCUUUUUUUUUUCGUUUGAUACGAGAGGGAGGUCAAACUGGAAGUUUGAAGAGAGAAAAAAAAUGAACCUGUGAAAUUGAGAAAACAAAGUGUAACUUAUGUACAACAGUGAUUCUAAGCUGAGGGGGAAAGAUUAAAUGAUAUUGCUAACUCAGAA